AUGGAGCUGCUUGCGCAGGGCCCCGUGCCUGUUUUUGCGGAACUUAUUUACACCCGAUUCGCUCAGACGCCCGCCCCGAUGCCCACUGAUCAUGAUGGCCCAACCAUCCGCGUGGUUUGCAUCUCAGACACUCACAACACCCAGCCUCAACUGCCAGAGGGAGACCUCCUCAUCCACGCAGGCGAUCUCACCCAGUCCGGGACUCAAGUCGAGCUAGAAGCACAGAUCGAAUGGCUCGAUCGCCAGCCCCAUCGCUUCAAGGUAGCGAUCGCGGGGAAUCACGAGCUGUGUCUGGAUCCGAAAGCACAAGCUAAAACACCUGGUGGCAAUGAGGCAGUCGACUGGAAAUCAAUCCGGUAUCUGGAGAACUCAUCGACAAUCCUCGACUUUGGUUACGGACGCCUCAAGGUGUUUGGGUCCCCGUACACCCCGCGACACGGGAACUGGGCUUUCCAGUAUCCGCGUAAUGAGAAUAUCUGGGACGAGAUACGGAUGCCUGAGGACGUUGAUAUAACUGGUUACACACGGCCCGCCGAAAACACAUUUAGAUUUGGGACGGUAUGGCUGUAA